AUGUUGUCCACACUGCCUGCUUUUGCAAUUGUCGUCCUGCGCGUCCCGAAGAAAUUCUGCAAGGACAACGACAAGGCAAGGCGACGGUUCCUGUGGGUGCAAGACGAGGAGAUCACCGGAGGGAAGUGCAAAGUGAACUGGCGGCUGGUUACGUCACCAGUGGACCGCGACGGCCUCGCGAUCCCUAACAUGGAGCGCUUCGCGCGCGCUACGACUCUGAUGGCUCUGGCUGGCAUGGACCGACCCUGCCACUCCGUCAGGAAGAACUGCAUGGUGGCGGAGGCCUUGCGCGGUGACAGAUGGGUCCUCGACCUCAGGCACGACAAUACAAUGGCGUUUAUCCCCCAAUUCGUCCUGCUGCGGCACCGUAUCAGGGAGGCAAACUUGGUGCUACGUGAAGGAGUGGAAGACGAGAUCAUGUGGAAACCAGGGAGCCAAUACUCAACUAGUGCAGCGUACAACAUCCAAUUCCUAGGGCAACCGAGGGAGAACAUGCACCGGCUAAUCUGGAGGAUCUGGGCACCGGGGAAGAUAAAGUUCUUCCUUUGGCUGCUCCACCACGACUGGCUCUGGUGCAAUGACCGCCUGUAG